GGAUCUUUGCAGGUGAUGUCUGCCACCUGGCUGGGAGUGCACACCUGGAAAAGGCCUAGGGAAGGAUGACAGGAAUAAUCACAGUUUAUGGAAAGACUUCUGGAGGAGUAAUUAUAUGGUUGAGAACUCGCCAGCCUGGAAGAGCAAUGGUGCAGGCCUGUGAAACCCUCAGAGAAGACAGAAGAGAUCACUGAAGAUGUGGUGAACCGAAUGAAACGCUCCUCUAUAAGUAUAACGGACAUCCAGAGGUCUCCCCGUGCAUCCAAUGGCACAGCUCCAUCCUCACUGGCUGCAGGAGUGAAGCCCCAGCCUACAGGAAUUCAGCCACCAAAGGCAAAUGACUCUGCUGCAGAGCAUGAACUCUACAGGAGGUAUGUGGAAGAGCAGGCACUGGUCCAGGAGGAGUUGCUUUGGCUAGCCAAAAGAGAAAGGGAAGCAGCCAGUGAGGCCAAAGCAAGGAACAGCAUUACUGAGGAAAGGCAGAAAGCAGCCCAGCUGGCUAUGGAGCUGGAACGCAGGGAGGCAGAGUUGAAGCUACAAGAGAACUUCUAUAAAGAGCAGUUUUCCCGCAUUGAGAAGAAGAAUGCAGAGAUCUACAAGCUGACAACCGAGCAGUAUCAGGAGGCAGCCACCAAGGCAGAGGAACGGAUAAAGAGGAGGAACGCUGAUCCUAUCUGUGCAAACCUGCAGUCUGAAAUUCUGAAGUGCUUCCGAGAAAACAAACAUGAAGUGCUCAAUUGCUCGGAGCUGGCGAAGGAAUAUCAGCGCUGUGUUAGUGCAGCUCAGAAGGAGCUGUUAGUUAAUUCUGGAUAAGCAUCAUCCGCCAAAGAGCAGAGGACAGGGACCACAGACGCCCUGGAAGCCCGAGCAUCCUUCUGGACAGACACUGACCAAAACCAGUGCCUUCUGCCCUCCCUGACCAAGACAAUACAACAUGAUUCCUCUUCUAACUGCCUGCAUGUAUCAGUCUCGGUGAACGUUCCUGGAGUUGGGAGAAGGGUCCCAGGAGCAGGGGAUGCUAUAGUUUCUUUUCAUUGUUUUGCAAUGUAAAGAAUUGUGUUGACCCCAGGUGCUUCCAGCACAGCUUGUAGCUUGGGGUUUUGCCCCAACAUAAGCCUGGUUCAUGCAGUUCUAACUUUGGUUUCACCAACCUACAUAUGAGUUUCAAGAGCUGUUGCUUCUGUUUGUUUGCUCUGGAGAAAAGUAUUUGGAAGUAACCCUGAGUAGCUUGUUAGGAUUAACUGUUCCUAGCAUGCUGCCAUUGGUUACACCAGCAGGCAUAUUCCUUCCCUUCCAAGGUUCCCUCCUAAACAAUAAAGUAUUUAAUGGUGA